GCCCAUGCUGAAAAACAAGACUACUAGGACUCUGUACUCUGGAGUGAUGAGACUAAUAUAAAUAUUUUCGGAACUGAUGACUUCAAAACUGUAUGGCGUCACAAAGGUGAGGAGUACAAAGAAAAAUGCAUGGUGCCUACAGUGAAACAGUCCUACAGUGUCCUUCUGUGGGGCUGCAUGAGUGCUGCUGGUGUUGGGGAGCUGCAUUUUAUUGAUGGUAUCAUGAAUUCACAGAUGUACUGCUCUAUAUUGAAAGAGAAGUUUUCUAACAUGACAAUGAUCCAAAACAUACAUCUAAGGCCACUGUUUCAUUUCUGA